ACAUGCAUCUUGAAUCACAAAAGUAUCUUUCACUGGGAUAACAGCGUUGUAUGUAUUCACUUCCUGUCCUCGUAAUAAAAUUUCUAAUUUAACUUAGCUGAUCAAAAGAAGAAGGAAAAAAUACAGUGCCUCUCUUCCUUGCAAUUUCCGGUCCAUUUGACCAGCACCGACACAGCUUACGCACGGUACUUCUCACGAUCCUAAAAUUUUUCAGAGGAAAUUAACCAAAUUAUUACGACUUUCUUUUAUCUCUAUUUUAUGUGAAGAUUUUUCAUUUUUCUCUUCCUUCUUUUUGUGCCACAUUCAAGCAAGAGAAAAGUUAUUCUUUUUAGCAGUUGAUUCAAAGCCGCAAAGAUCAAUUGCUACAAAAGCCGGUUAACGGGGGUAAUGGCAGAUGAAAUAAGGACCAGGGUUUGCACUCGCAUAGAGGAGAAGCUGCAAGCACUUUCUUCAGCAUUUUCGGAGCAUACCAUUUUUAGAGUGCCUCGCCUACUAUAUGAGGUGAAUGAAAAAGCCUAUGAACCACAAAUCAUCUCAAUUGGUCCUUAUCAUCGUGGCAAAAAUCACUUGAAGAUGAUGGAAGUGCACAAGUACGAGGUUUGCACUCGCAUAGAGGGGAAGCUGCAAGCACUUUCUUCAACAUUUUCGGAGCAUACCAUUUUUAGAGUGCCUCGCCAACUAUAUGAGGUGAAUGAAAAAGCCUAUGAACCAGAAAUCAUCUCAAUUGGUCCUUAUCAUCGUGGCAAAAAUCACUUGAAGAUGAUGGAAGUGCACAAGGUUCGCUUCUUAAGAAUGCUUCUUCGCCGAACAAAUGAGCAUACUGCGGAACCGUAUGAGCAUACUGCCGAACCAUAUGUAGCAGCACUGAGAGGUAUGGUCGAAAAAGCCCGUAACUGUUAUUCAGAACCUCCAAGUAUUAGCACAGAAGACUUCCUAGAAAUGUUGGUGCUUGAUGGAUGCUUUAUUGUUGAGUUAAUUCACCAAUUAUGUCUUGAUCGUAACAUGGAUGAGUAUGUCGUUAGAGUGGAGGGUAAUUUGGACAGGAUUUUGCAUGAUUUGAUUCUAUUUGAGAACCAACUUCCUUUCUUUGUGCUUUGGGAGUUGUUUGGUAUAAUAAGGGGAAAUGAGAGAAACUUUUAUGUUAGGUGUCUUCUACUACUCUUCCGUGCCAAGAUACCGGCACCAAGAGUUGAUGUUGUCUAUGACAAUACUUCAAUUGAAAGUGUCAAGCAUUUACUGAACUUGGUACAUGGGAAUUGGCUUCCUUCAAGAGAAGUAAGGAAGGAUGACUCGCGAGCACCAAAAGAUGGCAAUUGGCCAUUUAUACGUUCUGCUACAGAGCUUAAAGAGGCUGGAAUUCGGUUCAAGAAGGGUAAAGGAAAUAGCUUGUUUGACAUAAUGUUUAGAAAUGGCGUACUCGAGAUUCCUAUGAUAAAAAUUACAGAUACCACAGAGCGUUCGUAUCGCAAUGUCAUUGUCUGGAAAGAUGUGGAGUUACUUUGUCACUGUGGAAUAAUUGAAAAUUUGUUAGGCAAUGAUGAGGCUGUUGCGACCCUGUUUAAUAGGCUCGGAGAAAAUGUCACUGUCAUCGGCUCCAGCGAAUUCUAUGCCCGGAUAUGUCAUGAUGUCAAUGAGCAUUACAAUGCACUUUGGAACAAAAGGAUGGCAAGCUUAAGGCACAACUAUUUCAACACUCCAUGGGCGCUCAUCUCCUUUCUUGCUGCAGCUUUCUUGCUUCUGCUUACCCUGCUUCAAACGACAUUUACCAUUUUUCCUAGACAUUAAUCUUUGAUGUAGAGUUAGUGAUAACAAAAUUUGUCAUUUGUUUAAAAGUUAAGAUUGACUUCUACGCAACUUUUAUAUGUAUUAUUUAUACAAAAUCUUAAUAAUUUCAACUCUUAAUU